CAGCAGUCAAAUUUCAAGUGUAUCUGGAAUAUUGCCUUCCAUUUUGUGCCGGUUUUAAUGAUAUAGGUUGUCAUAUGUUAUAACGACUCAGCUGCUACGAAUUUUGUUCGGUUUGGUGGAAUUAUUGGUUUCAGAAUGAUUCCCUUAACCCUAAUUGUGACAGGGUAUAGUUUUUGUUGUUCUAAAUACUGUGAUUUUCUCAUCAUUUUCUUAAAUGAAUGAAGUUUUAGUGUAAAUGUUAUCGUGACAUAGUACAUUUACCUAUAAAAACUAAUAUUGAAUGGAUGUAAGACGAAAUUCAUCACAGUAAGUGGUUUAAUUCCUGACCCAACCUUAGGUAUAGCCUGUUCCUGUUCAGCAGCCCACAGGAAGAAUUUAUAUGUGGUGAUUUGGUGAUUCUGCUUUUGGUUGACCUGUUUAUUCUGCAAUACCUGACCAUGUAACACUUCGUCUUUGUCUGGUAAAUUCAAGUGGAAAGUCUGCAAUUCUAAGAAUUCUGAACCUUAGACAUUGAAGUGACAUUCAACAAAGUCAUUUCGAGAUUACAAGAUGGCAUCUACUGUGUCUGAGAAUGGUGAUACUAGAGAAGAAUUGGCUCAAUCAACAGAGAACAGUGGGCUUAAAGUGAAUGGAGAAGUUAACGGCUCCUAUGAGGAACCAAUGGAGGUGGAUGAUGAUUGCCCUGUCAAGUCUGUUAAAAAAGUAAAUUCUAGUGAUAUUAACUGUAUUAGUGAAACAGCGGAAUCGGAUAGUCAUAGUGAAUCAGACUUAAAUCAACAAAAAAAUUCGGUUAGUGAAGACAGUAUAGCGGAAAUUAACACAGAAGUUGAAAGUGAAGUGCCUGAAGUUGAUGAAGCAACAUCAAGUAAUGGUUAUGGUGAACAACAUGAAGAAAGUAAAAAUGAAGAAGAGGAAGAAGAAAAUACUUUAGAGGAGAAACUGGAAGGAAGUGAUGAUAGAAACAUGGAAAAUUCAGAAGGUAAUGUUGAAGAUGAGGAUGUAAUGUUAAUGGAAGAAGAUGAACCUCAAGAUCCUCUAGCAGCUGACACAAACUCAGUGGAAGAGGCUGAUGAAGUUAAUAUUAAAGAUACUGUAAUGGAAUCUUCUGAUAAUGAACACAUAGAUAGUGAAGAAAAUGAUCCUUUUGCCGCAGAAAAUGAUCAAAGUGAAAGUUUAGAAAAUAAUGAAAAUUAUAAUAAUGAAGAUGAGAAGACAGAAGAUUUAUCCAAAAAACACGAUAAUAACGAAAAAAAUAAAAAUUCUGAAGAAGAGUCAAAGAAAAUGAAUACUGAGGAAUCUCCAGAAACUGAAGAAAAUUCGGAGAAAAUUGAGACUGAGAAAGUAGAAGAAGAUAAGGAAGAUGAUAAGAAUGAAGAUUCAUUUGAUAAAUCCAAGUCUGAAGAGGAUAGUGAAAAAACACCAGAGAAAGGAAAGAAAAAGAAAAUACAGCAACAACCAAUAAAUAUCACUCCAAGACGGAGUUCCCGCAACGUUAAUAAACCUAAAACUUAUAUUAAUGAGCCAGAUAUUAAAGGUAACUCAAUUCCAGCAAAAAAGGCAUCCUCAGAUGAUCCAGAUAUAGAAGAAAUUGUGCCACAAGAUCCCUUGGCAAUGGAUUCUCCUGUUUCUGACAAAAAGAACAAAAAGACUGUUGUUGUUAAUGAUCCUAAAAGAUUAGUAGAGAUUGCAAGUGGUAAUAAGCAAUCACAACCUGGUAAAAAAGAACCAACUCUUGUUAUAAUUGAUACAAACUCAAUACUGUCUGGUAGAGGUCCUGUGCCAGUGUCUCCUUCCCCACCCUUAGCUCAUUCUUCAAAUGUGGCCAGCUCGUCUCGAACUCAAGGCUAUUCUGUUCUGCCAAUGGCACUACCUGCCCAAGGCAUGUAUCCUCAGGCUAUUAGACAUUCACAGAUGAAACCAGUUGUCAUGCCUCAGGGAAAUUUACCAGUAACACCUCCUCCAUCUUCCCAAAAGCCUCCAGUAAUUCUUCCCUCCCUUACAGAUGAUAUGUAUGUUGUAGAAGCUCCUUCGUUUAUAGUUCCAUACGUAUACGAAAAACCACCCAUUAAACCAUUAAAGAAUUUUGUUGAUCAGGUUGAACAAGCCAUUAAAGAAAUAAAGGCUCAGCUGGAAAAAGAAAAAGUAAAAGAAGAAGAUAACAAAAAAGGAGAUGAUAGUAAAACGAAUGAUGAGAGUGACAAAAAAGGAGAAGAUAAAGAUGAAAAGGACGAAAAUGUUGAUAAAGAAGCUAGUAAAGAGGAAAAAGAAGUUAAAGAAGACAAAGAAGAAAAAAUGGAAGUGGAUUCUGAGGAGACAAAGACUUCCAAAGAUGGUGAAGGAUCUGUAUCAACAGACGAUAAAGAAACCAAAGAUUCAGAAAAAACUACUGAAGCCAAGAGUGCUGAAAGCAAAACAGAUUGUGAAAAAUUAGGUGAAGAUGUGAAAUCCGAAGAAGGAGAGAAAACAAAGAAACAGAGUAACUCAUACUUUGAUAAUCCUCUAGGUAAAUUCUUUAUCCAAAUAGGUGUAAACUUGGUACAAGAGCAUGUACAGACAGAUUUGUUGAGGUCUCAGAAAAGGAAAAAAGAGAGGGAAGGCUCAAAGUGUACACCGGAAGUGCAGCAAGCCAUGAACUCUUUAAUACGAAGUUUAGAAUUUAGUAAAGAGACAAAUGAACCUUUUAAAUUAGAACUGAAAAAGUGUGAAUUUUGCAGUUUUAAGACAGAAUCUGCAUUAGUAAUGGCUCACCAUUUGGAGACCCCACACAUGCGUAACUACGUUUAUAGGUGUAAUUUCUGUCCGUUGGAAGUAAGGAGUCCUCAUGACAUCUUAUACCACAUGGAGGCGGAACACAAUGUGAGGGGACGGCUCGAGAGAGCACCUGCAUUCCAUCAGUGUCCUAGCUGUCCUUUUGAAGACAACCAGAAGGGUAAACUGAGCAGGCAUCUACUCUCAUGUGCCAAAAAGUAUCGACCAGAAAGAAACCAGGAGCCACCAUUAGACUUUGAGCCUCCUGCUAAGAUUCCACGGGUGUCUCGUAACCGACCCACCAUGUCGCCGGGCACGCCCGUGUACCAGGCAGCAAUGUCAGGACUGAAGCAGGGACCGGGUCAUCCUCUCUUACCCAAGCUCGUACCAGCCCCGACCCCUCCAGGUCUCAUCCGAGGACGUGGUCGGCCGCAGAUGAUCAACAGGUAUUUGGGCGACAUGCGCUCACCAGCCCUUGCUGCUCAGCAGAAGGCUAUGGCUGCUCAAAUGCGACCAGGAAUGAUUUACCGGCCAUCUGGAUCUAAUGCUCAGCCGCAGGUGUUGCUGCCUGCGUCGUACCAGCUUGCAGGCACUCAGCUGUAUCAGGAUCAAAUGUCCCUUUAUCAGCAAAUGGUGAGCAACCACAGUCGCGGACUGGGCUCAGCUCCAUCUCUCGUUCUACCUGCACAGAAUGCGGCUGCAGUGGCCAGCAAGGCAGCAGCAGCGGCGGCGGCGGCGUCAGUGCCUGCAGUGGGAGCGACGACAGCCAAGCUGUUACAGCAGCCCAGCAUCUCCAUUACUCCUCUGCCUCGCCAGGCACCCCCACCUCCAGCCCCCUCACAUCCAUCUCCCCCUACCAACAAACCUGGCCGCCCUGCUGGUGGGAGCAAGGCCACCUUCGUCAUCUGUGAGAUCUGCGACGGCUACAUCAAGGAUCUGGAACAGCUGCGGAACCACAUGCAGUGGAUACACAAGGUGAAGAUCCAUCCCAAGAUGAUCUACAACCGGCCACCACUCAAUUGUCAGAAGUGCCAGUUCCGUUUCUUCACAGACCAGGGCCUUGAGCGCCAUCUGCUGGGCAGCCAUGGCUUGGUCACCAGUAGCAUGCAGGAGGCCGCCAACAAGGGCAAGGAUGGUGGCCGUUGUCCUGUCUGUGGCAGGGUGUAUCAAUGGAAGCUUCUUAACCACGUAGCUCGUGACCACAAUAUGUCUCUCAAGCCAGCUCACCUCUCGUACAAGUGCACUGUCUGUACGGCUACCUUCGGCAUGUACAAGCAGUUUGAGAACCAUGUGUACUCAGCCCAUAGUGUGGUUGCGAAGCGGGUCAUGGACAAGAAACCCUCCACCAGUGCUCAGCCCUCUACUAGUUCUCAGGGGGAUAUGCUAAAACCCUUAAAAAUAAAUGACGAGAUUACGAUCAUACCUCAGCCAGCAAGGACCAAGACAAAACCAACUGGCUCUAAUCGAAAUCCACAGAAAAAGGUGUAAUCCUGCUUGCCUGAUGCUACACCUUGGCGUAUCGUCCGCUGUAGUUAAUUAUUACUGUAUAAGUCACUUUUUUCUUUAUUUAGAGAAGUUUUUAUAUAAUUUUGUUUUUCAAGUGUAAAAUUUUCGUAUACCGUCAUUUGUAAAUAGUAUAUUUUAGAGGAGUGAAUCAAUGUUGGUGCGGAUACUCGAGAAAAUAUUGUGUAUGUCUUUUAAACAGACUGUGGUUGCAAGUCUGGUGUACAAAGCUGCUGUAUAAAUAUUCACAUAUUUGUAAUUUUGUAACAGGGGGAUUUCUGUGGUCAAUAUAAGAAUGUACACAAUUUACUCAGUUUUAUGACGUCUCUCAAGACGAUUGCUCUGCUUACUUUCUCCAGACUCGUCUAUAAAUUAAUUGUUUGACUUAAGUUUUGUAAAUAAGUUUUGUAAUCUUGUGGGUUAUUAUAAUAUUUUAUUGAUAUAUUAUACACAACAUCGUUGUCGUCAUCUUGAGUUGGAGAGCUAUGGAGAGGGGACUGUCAGUCCCGUGAAAUUCCCCUUGUGUAUUAUUUAUUCUAAGAUAUUACCCAGAGAAAUUCCAAAGUGUGUGAAAUGUGACGUUGUCAGGACAGCAACAUCGUAAACAAGGUUUAUUAUUACAUUAACUAUGUUCCAUGAAUAAAUAUUUUAUUCCAUUACA